CGCUCCCCCCGGCGGCCCGCCACGUCCCUCACGUACUGCCCGGCCGCGGCGCCGAGCGGCGACCACGCGCCGGGGGCGCGGGCUCCUCCGGCGGGCUCGGCAUGAGGCUGGCGCGGCUGCUGCGCGGAGCCGCCUCGGCCGGCCCGGGCUCCGCGCUGCGCGCAGCCCGCCCCGGCGCCAGCCGCAGCCUCACCUCGGACUCGGGCUCGGGCCCGGCGCCCGAAGGUGGCAUUCCGGGCCAAGUGGACUUCUACGCGCGCUUCUCGCCCUCCCCGCUCUCCAUGAAGCAGUUCCUGGACUUCGGAUCUGUGAAUGCUUGUGAGAAGACCUCAUUUAUGUUUCUGCGGCAAGAGUUACCUGUUAGAUUGGCAAAUAUAAUGAAAGAAAUAAGUCUUCUUCCAGAUAAUCUUCUCAGGACUCCCUCGGUUCAACUGGUGCAAAGCUGGUAUAUCCAGAGUCUUCAGGAGCUUCUUGAUUUUAAGGACAAAAGUGCUGAAGAUGCUAAAACUAUUGAUGACUUUACAGACGCUGUGAUACGGAUCAGGAACCGACACAAUGAUGUUAUUCCCACGAUGGCCCAGGGUGUGAUUGAAUACAAAGAGAGCUUCGGGGUGGAUCCUGUCACCAGCCAGAAUGUUCAGUACUUUCUGGAUCGAUUCUACAUGAGUCGCAUUUCAAUUCGAAUGUUACUCAAUCAGCACUCUUUAUUGUUUGGUGGGAAAGGCAAAGGAAGCCCAUCUCAUCGAAAACACAUUGGAAGCAUAAAUCCGAACUGCAAUGUAGUUGAAGUUAUUAAAGAUGGCUAUGAAAAUGCUAGGCGUCUGUGUGAUUUGUAUUAUAUUAACUCUCCUGAACUAGAACUUGAAGAACUGAAUGCAAAAUCACCAGGACAACCAAUACAAGUGGUUUAUGUACCAUCCCAUCUCUAUCACAUGGUGUUUGAACUUUUCAAGAACGCAAUGAGAGCAACGAUGGAACACUAUGCUGACAAAGGUGUUUACCCACCUAUUCAAGUCCAUGUCACACUGGGUAAGGAGGAUUUGACUGUGAAGAUGAGUGACCGAGGAGGUGGUGUUCCUUUGAGGAAGAUUGACAGACUCUUCAACUACAUGUACUCAACCGCACCCCGGCCUCGUGUGGAGACAUCCCGAGCAGUGCCCCUGGCUGGUUUUGGUUAUGGAUUGCCCAUAUCACGACUUUAUGCACAAUACUUCCAAGGAGACCUCAAGCUGUAUUCCCUAGAGGGUUAUGGGACGGAUGCAGUGAUCUACAUUAAGGCGCUGUCCACAGAAUCAGUAGAAAGACUCCCCGUGUAUAACAAAGCUGCCUGGAAGCAUUACAACGCCAACCACGAGGCUGACGACUGGUGCGUCCCCAGCAGAGAACCGAAGGACAUGACAACGUUCCGUAGCGCCUAGAUAGACUUGGGACACCUGCAAAAUCCAGCUGUGGCUUUUGUAUUAAAUUUGGAAGAGAUUUGGUGUUCAGAACUACCUUAUACCAAAUACUUCACCUGUUGUUUUCACAAUUAACUUUUUGGGUAGAAUAAAUGGAUAAUGAAUUCCGUUUAUGCCUGUUAAACCUCCUAAAGGAUGAAACUGUACCUAUUUUACACUUAUAUUUUCACAGUUAAUUGAAGAUAUUUUUAAACAACCAUAGUUUUGGUCAACUUUCCUCUUUAUGGUAGCCUUCGGAAGCGUUGAAGUUUUUGGGUUUCUAUGGGAAGCUGUGUGUUUUUAAAAAAUACUUCACGUUUAUGUCUGCUAGAACAUUUUCUUAGUAAUACUGAUUAGCUAGUUAGCCAUCUUUCGUUUUUUUGGAGGAGUUCUGCCAUCCUUUAUUUGGUAAUGAUAACUAAUAAGAUGAUCUUCAUUACCAGUGACUAACUGCAAGUAAAGCGGAAGGCAGUUGUCCUGUAAGUGUAGAACCUUUCAGCAUCUACAUGCAUUGUCUUCACUCGGAAGUUAAUCAUUUUUUAAUAUUAUUGCAAAGAAUUGUAAUGACUGGUUCCCCAUGGAGCUAAGCCAAGAUCCUGCGCAAUCUUCUUUGAAUGUACUUGUGAUUAAUGCAAGGGGGAAUUUUUAUACUAAACCCAGCACUGCUACAGUCCUAGAAAGGGAUUUGAGGGCAAAGCAGUGAGUCCGAAGACCUGAGCUAUUGAUUGUUAGGGUUACUUGGGGGAGAUUUUGAGAAACAGAGUUUUUCUGGGUCCUACUCCAGACGUACAGAAUCAGACUCUUUAUGGCUGGAGCCCAGGAAUCUCACUUUUUAAAACGCUUCCGUGGUGAACCUGAUGCCUCGCCGAUGGAGGAAACGAGUCUUGUAAAGGGCAUAAUGAUACCUCAUUCACUGAAAUAACAGAGAGGUCUUUAGGUUUUGGUUUUCACCUAUUGAAAGGUCAGACUUCUAGACUCCAGGAGAUACAAACUGAAUCUCAGGCCUGGUGCAGUUAGAAGCAGGAGGCAAACUGACACAGGAGGAUAGUCAGGCAACCAAAGGUUCAGAAUCGCAAAUGUGCAAGUGUUCACAAAGAACUUAUAUUUUAUAAAAAAAUACCUAGACUUUAUUAUCAGGAAAAAAUCAACUUGGGUUUGUCACAACAAUCCUUUACAUUUGUAUGGUAAUUUGUAGUUUACCAGUACUUUGGUAUAUUAUGAUAACUCUGUUGGGCUUUAAAAUAGAGAGAUCUAGAGCAGGUGGUAUCAUCAUCAUUUUGAGAUUCAGAACGUGGCCCAGAGUGGCACAGAAUUGGAGUCAGGGCCCAAGCUGUGUCUGCCGAUCCCUGCGUCAGCCGCCAGGACUGGGAGACCGUGAAGUGAGGCGACCAUGUUGUUAGCCAUACCUCCUCUUCUUUUUAGGCGACAGGGAAGUACAUUCAAAAUAAAUUUUAAAGUAAGAUUUUAAAUGUUUAAAGGACAGCUUUACUACUUAAAUGGGGAAUUUUAUUUAUCUGGAAAAUACUGUGAGUGGGAACACCUCAUUCUCAGAAGGAUUACGUCAGCUUAACAAUUCUACGUACAUUUGUAAGUUGGAAGGGAUGUCAAAGGGCAGUUAGUCCAGGCUCCUCACCUGAGAGAUGAUGAUCCUGGAACUCCGAGUGUGUGGUUCGCCCAGGGGUUUAGCUGAUUUGACCAAAUGGUGGAAAAAGAAAUCUUUCACCUAACCUGUUGUUCCUUAAUAUGGGUGUUGUGAAAAACAAUAGGAUAUGCUAGUGGAUGACUUCUAUUAGUUUCCUACAAUUUUGUUGGUUUAAAACUUUUCUUAUAAUGAUGAAAUAUUUUAGAAUCCUUUGAAUCAAAGUAUUCACUUUCUUUCCUAAAUGAGACUUUUGUACGAUUGACAUAAACUUGAUGUUUUUACUUUGAAACACUUCCCCCCAAAAAUUAAAGUUUUUCCUUCUUUAAGAGCUAAGAAAUGGUAUUUUCAAAGGAAAAGGACAAUAUUUUCCUUUAGCUUCUUUUUAAGGUAUAACAGCCUUUUCACUUUGUUAUUUUGAUAAUGGACAGAAAAUUACGUACAAAAAUAUUUGGAGGGUAGCUGUUUCGUAGUUGGCUUUAAAUCAUUGUGCUACCUGAAAAGUUUUUAGAUUCUUCAGCUGUUUUGUCCACCAGCAUUUAAUGUGAUGCCAUGUAGAUAAAAAUACAUACUGAAGGAUAAGAAGUGGAUGCUAAGUGAUCUUUAUAAAUUUUUAUAAAAUUUAAUGAAUGUGCUAACAUUUUUUAGGAAGAAUCACAAAAAUAUUCUACCCUAUGCUUAAAAUACUGGUUGGCUUUAGAUGUCUUCAUACUCAGCAGCAAUCACUUUCUUGCACUGUGAAGUUUUACAUGAAGAUGUUGAAGUGGAAGUCUACCAUAUUAUUUUAUAAAAUGUUUUGUGUAAGGCAAUAAACUGAAAACAUGGAUCAACUCUUAUUUUGAGAAUGAAUUGGGUCAAUUUAGGUUUUUAAAAAUAUAAUUAUGUUUUUUAAAUAAAAGUCUCUUCUCUCAUCAAGGGUCAGCCUUUUGUAAACAUUCAGAAAGUCGUGCCUGGAUGGCUCCUGGUAAUUCUCACUGUCUUCAGUAGAGGAAACGGUUGGAACUUUCCAAUGUGCAUAUUCUAGUAGAGAAAGCAAGAGGUAAAGUGUGUAUGGUUUGGGUUAUCCUAGAGUUUCUUAUCCGAAUAUCCACAGAUGACUGACUUAUUGCGUCAAUGAAGAUCUUCUGUUGUGUGAUUUUUGAAAGGUUAUGUUAAUGUACUCUUCAAAUAACUUUUCACAGUAUAAGUAAUGGUAGGAAAGUUCUUAAUUUAACCAGCAUGACCCUCUGUUCGUACCAGUUGAAAGUCACAACUAAACUCCUCUAGUCAAAGAUAGAUUCCUAUCCUAGUCUUGGUUGAUGGGAUAUGAGCAUAAUUUCCCUUCAUUGUUAAAGCUGACAAGUUCCAUAACAGAACUCCAUAGGUAAAGAAGUGGGGAAACAAACACUAACGUUAUGGUCCCUUUGUGGCUGUGUGGGUGGCUAAUCACAGAGGAAGCCAAAACAGUCAACCUGUUUCAGUUUAUGUCUUCAAUUUCUGUGACAUAAAUGUGAAGUUUUAACAGAUGGGUAAUCAGGAUUGAGUUAGCUGGUUUGCAAACGUGGCUUUUCCUGGAGGAAUUUUUCAUCGUAUACGAUUAACUUCUGGCCCCAAUAAUUUUCUUACAGUCAAGGCCAAUGCACUUGAAAGAAUACUAUAAUUAAUGCAGUAUGAAGGAUUUUAUGUCUGUCAAAAAAGAACUCACCACUGGUUUGCUUAGUUCUCGCAUUCGUAAACUAUUGUACCUUUUGUUCUGUUUACAUGUUUGGAAAGAACUAGACAGUCUACUGCCCACUUUUUUGCUAGUCUUCACAUUUCUUUAGCAAUCGCUAACCAUAGGCUUUUAACAGCAAAAGAUAAGAUUGCCAGGUUUUUUUUUAAAUUUACAACAUGAAAUUUAAUAUGUGCUUAAACAGUGCUUGUCACAUAGUAGACACAAUAUAGAUGUAUAUUGUUAUUAUGACUAUUAUUAACACUUUCCUCACUGGAUCAAAAUUAGAGAGUAAAUAGUCCUACUGUAGUAAAAAAAAAAAAAAAAGAGUUCUUCAGAACUGAGGUGGUGUUUGAGUGGAGUUUGGAAUGUGUUUCUAGGUCCCUUCGUUCUGGUGCAGGACUGCUAGUUUUUGCUGCAAAAGCUCUUAUUUAUGUUGGGUAAUAGUGAUAGCUAUCUUUUACCUUGUUAUGUUAGAGAUUUUUGAGCAAAAAUACACAAUUUUCAUUUCAGUAAGAUAAACCAGAGAAACUUCCAUUUGAGUGUUGUACUCAUUCAGGAGUUAUUUCCUGAAAGUCCAGGAGGGCACUUCAUGCAAUUGUCACCUAGAAUAUUGUCAGAAAUUUUGUGGUUUUGAAUUGAAAUGUUGACAUCUGUUUAUAAUAAAAAUUCCUUUAGGAAA